GACGAUCAGUCUAUUCCAUAGCUCGUUCGUGAUCGUACGUUCAGUUUGCCAGAGGUUGGCGCAUGUUUAUUUAAAGCACACUGACGCGUUCUUAUGUACAAUUGCGCGCGCAAUGAAUCAGGCACCAGUGUCGUGUAUUCCAGCCGGGAAGAUGUCAAAAGCGAAGAAGGUGCUGGACGAAGCCCGCGAGAUCCAGAAUCCCGAGCUGGAUCUCGCGGACAAGGGAAUAACGACGUUCGAGGAGAUGCCCGGGUUACUGAAUAUGAUCAAUAUCACCAGGCUAACUUUGAGUCAUAAUAAAAUUCAAGCUGUACCUCCAGGCCUUGCAAACCUAGUCAAUCUAGAAAUAUUGAAUUUAUUUAAUAAUCAUAUUACUGAGCUUCCUAUCUCAUUGUCACAGAUGCCAAAGUUGCGUAUUCUCAAUGUGGGAAUGAAUAAAUUGGAUGUGCUUCCACGUGGGUUUGGUGCUUUCCCAGCACUGGAGGUGCUGGACUUAACAUACAAUAAUCUGAAUGAAAAGAAUCUACCAGGAAAUUUCUUCAUGAUGGAAACUCUGAGAGCUCUUUACCUGGCUGACAAUGAUUUUGAAUAUUUACCACCUGAAAUUGGGAACUUGAAGAAUCUACAAAUUCUUGUGUUGAGGGAAAAUGAUUUGAUCGAAUUGCCGAAAGAAAUUGGGGAAUUAACGCGAUUGAGAGAGUUGCACAUUCAGGGGAACAGAUUGACUGUUUUACCUCCUGAAAUAGGAAAUCUGGAUUUAGUAAGUAACAAAGCGGUAUUUAGAAUGGAAUUUAAUCCAUGGGUGACACCGAUUGGCAAUCAAUUGCAAGUUGGAAUUUCUCACGUUAUGGAUUAUAUUCGUUCCGAAACUUAUAGAUAUCUAUACAAUCGACACCAAAAUGCCAAAGGACCGCCACCCCCGAUCGAAAACGACAAGAGUAAGAAAAUAUCCCGUAUGCGUUGAAAUGGAGCAAAAAAUAAUUAACAGACAAAUAUUUUUUAAACUAACUUUUAACAUGACUAUUCUCGAUUCACUCACUGCCAGUAACUUCGUAGCUGCAAUAUACCUGGAAUUCAAAAUGGUGCCUUAGCUAAUAUAUUACUAACACGAGAAUAUAUUUUUAUGACGCAUUUGAAUUUUUAAUGUAUAAAUCAUGUACUAUGUAAUAUAUUACAGUGUUGUUAAACUCGAUAAUUUUUAUAGAAUUAAACAGGAUAUUUAUAUUUAUAUAAUAAACUUUAUUCUAGCAUAAAGAA